AUGGGGAAUGUCCCUAAUGGACAUCAAACGAAACCGCCCACUUCACAUCGUCUUACAGUUUCCCAUGUCAUUACACAGUGGAAGCCAGGGCGAUUUUCUCGAGAAAGUGCCCCCAGCAUGAAGGGGAAAUACAAGGCAGAGAAGUCCAGUGACUACCUAAACCGGACAAACUCGCCACCCAAGGAUGUCGAAUCACUGUCCAGGAUUAUAAUCCAAAAACCCCCAAAGAGCAAGAAAUGGGACAUUGGAUCACUUCGACGUUUAAAAACUCCUUCGGCCGAGGUUUUGUCAUCUUCAAAACCUAUUCAUCCAGUCGUCGAGGCAGCAGUGGGUGAGAGGGCAGAGGCGCCCAAACAACGGGCUACAUGUGAGGAUGCCGGAUUGCUUUCUGGCGUCAACAGUCAAGGAACCCCAAAGAUCAAGAGCGGGAGCACUUCAGUCCGAUAUUCAGAAAAGCCUUUCUUUGAGGUUCUAACCCCUCCACGGUCCGCUGUUGAUACUGUAUUCGAGAUAGCGGAUGGUCAGCCGCCCCAGUCACCGAACUCAACGUUUUCUUCCCUCGUUGCUGAACUGGAGGACACCUCGCCGGUCCCGAUGCUCUCAAAAAGAUCAGCAUUCGCAGGUUCCCAGUUGGAAUUCCAGAGUUCUACCAUUACAUCACGCUCCGCUAUAAAACUAAUAGACCAAACCAUAGCAGCAAUCGAAGGUGACAAUCGGAAGCUGCUUUCACGAGCCAUUCUUGCUGAACAAACUGUCAACGCCUUAAGAGAGCAUAACGCAAUGCUCCAACAAAAGGUUGACCACUGCAACAAGCGCCAUCGCCGCCCUCGAGCUUCCGCAUCUCAGCCAACGUUACGGCAGUCACGUCAUAUGACACGCUCCGAUACCCCCAAUACCCCGCCAACUGCUCCCGAUCAGGCCACGAACCCAUCUCUGGCCCCGAAAUCGAACUUACCAAGUGCUGUUCCGCCAGCCCCAUCUCCGCCGCCCUUGUCUCCCUCUCACCAUAUACACUCCAAACCUUUGCCCUCGCCUCCACGAGCUUCUCGGCCUUCCACAGGAGGUCCGUCGACAAAACCAAAAUCUAUUCGAGCGUCACCAAGUAAAUCUAGACUUACAUAUAUACCAAAGUCCAGCUCUCCAAAGCACUCUAUUAUGUCUCCCACAGAGGCCCGCUCUUCGGUUAAACUCUUUUCUCCGCCACUACCUGUGGGCCCUACAGUGCAGGGGAAUAUUGAAAUAGGACUUGGCAUCGACGAUCAAGAGCCGAGAGAGCUGGAAGGCGAGGUAAUAGGCGGAGAUCAUGAGUUUAUUAGUAGGCUAUCGAAGGUGGUUGAAAUGGAGCAAAAGACAUGGAUAUAG